AUGCAGAACAGAGACACAGCUUAUGUGAGAGUGGAGGAAGUAAACUCUGAACUGAAAAUAGGAGACUUAGAUCAGAAGAGUGAUGAGAUCAACAACGGAGAUAUUGAAGCGCCAACGACAGAAAAAAUCGAGAAAGGAUUGAAAGAACGAAAGGUCUCAUGGGGAAAGCUUGGCCGUGUAGACUCAUUGAACUUGGAAGCUGGAAAAGUUUCUAAUGAUCCAGGCCAUAAAUACAAGUUGGACCGGAAAACAACACUGAGUUUAGCGUUCCAGACUGUUGGAGUCAUUUACGGAGACAUUGGAACAUCUCCACUUUACGUCUACUCGAGUACCUUUACGAAUGGGAUCAAGAACAAGGAUGACUUGCUUGGUGUUUUGUCUCUCAUCAUUUAUACAUUAGCAAUUUCACCGAUGAUUAAAUAUGUCUGUAUCGUUUUAUGGGCCAACGAUCACGGCAAUGGAGGAACUUUUGCACUCUAUUCCUUGAUAUGCCGCUAUGCAAAGGUAGGCUUAAUGCCUAAUCAGCAGCCAGAGGACAGGGAGCUAUCUCACUAUAAACUGGGCAAACCAUCAAACCAGCUGAGGAGAGCUCAAAAGAUAAAACACACACUAGAGAACAGUAAAGUCAUUCAAAUUAUUCUCUUUUGUCUCACAAUCUUGGGGGUUUCCAUGGUUAUUGGAGAUGGAAUUCUGACUCCAAGCAUCUCAGUGUUGUCGGCAGUUGGUGGCAUCAAGCAGAGGGAUAAUCUUAAUCAAGAUGCCGUCGUCUGGAUUUCCGUUGUAAUCUUGAUCCUUCUCUUCUCCGCUCAACAGUUUGGCACAGACAAAGUUGGCAGCACAUUUGCUCCAAUCAUACUUGUAUGGUUUACUUUCAUUAGUGGCAUUGCUCUCUACAAUUUAAUCAAGCAUGAUGUGACUGUUUUACGUUCUUUUAAUCCAAUGUACAUAAUACAAUACUUCCAACGAAAUGGUAAGACAGCUUGGCUAUCUCUUGGCGGGGUUGUGCUGUGUGUGACAGGGACUGAAGCUAUGUUUGCUGAUCUCGGUCAUUUCUCCGUCCGAGCAAUUCAAGUUAGUUUCUCCGGGGUUGUUUUUCCUGCACUACUUGCAUGUUACAUUGGGAAAGCUGCAUAUCUCUCCAAAUUCCCGAAUGAUGUUCACGAUACUUUUUACAAAUCAAUUCCAAGUAAAACCAAUAUAUAUAUAUAUUGGCCAACCUUUGUUAUUGCUGUUGCUGCUGCAAUUAUUGCCAGCCAAGCUAUGAUAUCGGCAGCAUUUUCAAUCAUAACACAAGCUCUAAGUCUAGGGGCCUUUCCGAGGGUUAAAGUGGUUCACACUUCUGCCAAGUUUGAAGGACAGGUUUACAUUCCUGAGCUCAACUACUUUAUUAUGAUUGCCACUGUCCUCAUCACACUUGUAUUCCGGACUACCGAACAGAUUGGUAAUGCAUAUGGAAUUGCGGUGGUUUCUGUGAUGGUAAUCACAACUAAUUUGGUUACUCUUAUAAUGUUAUUCAUUUGGAAAACAAGCAUAUGGCUGGUAGCACUAUUCUACAUAGUGUUGGUUUCAAUUGAAGCGACAUAUUUAUCAGCAGUCCUAUAUAAGUUCACAAAAGGAGGUUACCUUCCAGUGGCAUUAGCACUAGUCCUCAUGGCAAUGAUGGGUACAUGGCACUAUGUUCACAAGAAAAGAUACAUGUUUGAGCUUAAAAACAAAGUUUCUGGCGAGUUUGUCAGAGAUCUUGUCAAGCACCGAGAUGUAAACAGAAUUCCUGGUAUAAGUUUACUAUAUUCCGAGCUCGUACAAGGCAUCCCACCGAUAUUCCGACACUUCGUUGAAAAUAUACCAUCUAUACAUUUAGUGUUGGUGUUUGUUUCAAUAAAACGGAUCCCAGUCAGUAAAGUGGCAGCCGAGGAACGUUUUAUUUUCAGACAGGUUGAACAAAAAGAGUACCGAAUGUUCCGUUGUCUGGCGCAUUAUGGAUAUGACGACAUUGUUGGCAAUUCAGAUGAUUUUGAGCAAGAUUUGGUCAAAAAUUUGAAAGAGUUCAUUCUCUACGAGUCUUACGUUCUAGAAUACGGAUCUACUGAAGACACGACAAAUACAAACCAGUUAGCUGAAGAACUGGCUAGCGCUCCCCAUUCUUGUCAGAUUGCACCUUCUGGAACUCGGUCAUCAAAUUCAUCUAGUGGAAUCCAAACCCUGCCGCUCCAAGCAGCAGCCAAAGAGAUAGAGUUUAUAAAGAAAGCAAUGGAUAAGGGUGUGGUGUACUUGCUCGGAGAAACAGAAGUUAAUUAUUUUUACCAUUUUCUUAGAAAUAAUCUAAUGGAAAGCGACAAGUUAUUGUCCAUUCCACAUCACAAGCUUCUCCGGGUUGGUAUGACAUAUGAGAUAUAAGUAUAGCUUAUGAAACUGGUCUCUUGCCACAGGGUCAUCCGAAAAAAACAACGGCUCGAUAAUAGGGUGUCUGUGUUUGUAGGUUUUACUUGGGUGCUGCCUAAAAGAAGUUCUACGUAUAUAAAUGUUUUUCAAUCUUUGUCUCCUUGAAGUUAAUCUGGGUGGUGGUAUUUAUUGUAAGUUGGAUGUUUCUGCGUCUUCUUCAAGUUGCUUCUUGGCGACUAACUCACGGACAUAGUGAAAUGAUAUCUCAAAAUUGACAAUUAUGCUUCAUCCUGUUAUGAUGAAAUAUUGGAUUAGCACUAAGAUAAGUAGCGCCCAUGUUAUCUCACCAUAAUAAGGUUC